GCGAAAGCACCGACAGUCUAUUGCUGUUGUUUGCUUAGCGUAUAUCGUGUUCAAGUUAUUCCAUCUGGAAUCUAUAAUAAAAAUGGCUCUUCAGCUUGGUGAUCCGUUCCCUAACUUCACCGUGGAUACCACUAUCGGCAAGAUCAAUCUACACGAGUGGGCUGGAGAUUCCUGGAUAAUUUUCUUCUCGCAUCCGGCCGAUUUCACUCCCGUUUGUACUACAGAGCUAUCGGCCGUUGCACGUUUGGUUCCGGAAUUCGCCAAACGAAAUGUGAAGCCGAUUGCCCUCUCAUGUGACUCUACAGAGUCACAUCGUCAGUGGAUCACCGACAUCAAGGACUAUGGCAAAUUGGAAGACUUCAGCUACCCCAUCAUUGAUGAUGCAAGUCGGGAGUUGGCUGUGAAACUGAACAUGCUCGACAAAGAUGAAAUAGGCGCCCAAGGGUUGCCGUUAACAUGUCGAGCUGUUUUCAUCAUCGAUAAUAAAAAGAAACUACGUCUAUCGCUGUUGUAUCCCGCCACCACAGGUCGCAACUUCAACGAAAUUCUGCGAGUCAUUGACUCGAUGCAGCUGACGGAUAAGAAAAAGGUUGCCACUCCGGCCGACUGGAAGCAGGGCGAAUGGUGCAUGGUGCAACCGAGUGUAAAAGAAGAUGAGCUGCCCGAGCUGUUCCCCAACGGUGUAACGAAAGUGGAGUUGCCAUCCGGUAAAGGGUAUCUCCGAAAGACCAACCCUUGAACGCUGCACAUAACCAUCAUGCCUUUCAUAAAAUUGUAUACCUACUUGUCCGAACUGUGAAGUAUAUGUAUCCUUAUGGUAAUAAAUCGAUCUAAUCACAA